UAGAUGAUCAACCUUAAAUUUUGAAGUCUCUUCUGACUUCAAAAUCUAUGCAUAUAAAUGAAAAAAGUAAUUAUUCCAAACAUUCAGGACAUUGCUUAUUUUCUUUCAUUUAACAUAACUGUUAUCCCAUGAAAGACUUGCCUACUGGAACUGUAUCUAUUUGGAACUGAGAUUUUUUUUCCCCAAAUUUAUUUGAGGCUUCUAAAUUAUGGGGGUGGCUACUCAACAGAUAAUUGUCAUUUUUUUUCAAGCAGAUAUUCUACAAUGAUCAUUACUUUUAAAUACUCAGACAAUGAUCCAAAGUGAUAACCAAAACCAGAACCGAGAGGAAAUAAUUAAAGAGUUGUGCACUUGUAAUGGAUUAUAUUAUGAGAAAAUUGAUCAAGAGGGACCAGAAACAUCAACACUGGAGAUGUUUUUCUCAGGUUAUCCCAAGAUAGUAGGCAUGUCAUUUUUCCCAAAUUUAACAACUCUCACUCUUGUUGGACAAAGCAUUCACAAGAUUUCAGACCUGGAGUAUUGUCCAUUACUCAAAAACCUAUGGAUUGCUGAAUGUUGCUUAACAAAAAUUGAUGGUCUACAAUACUGCACAAAUUUGGAAAAACUGUACCUAUAUUACAAUGAAAUUUCUACAAUUGAAAAUCUGGAGGCGCUAACAAAGCUGGAGGUUAUUUGGUUGAAUAACAACCAAAUUAAGGUGAUACAGGGAUUGCACACUCUGCAGAAUUUAAAGGAGCUCAAUCUGGCUGGAAACUUAAUAAAUAAAAUUGGAACUUGCUUUGAUCCCAAUGAAAAAUUGGAAAGAUUAAACCUCUCUGGUAAUAGAAUACGUUCCUUCAAGGAACUCACUAAUUUAGCAAGCCUACCUCAUUUAAAAGAUUUGAGUCUGAAUGAUCCUCAGUAUGACCCCAACCCCAUUUGUCUUCUCUGUAAUUAUGCUACACAUGUGCUGUAUCAUAUGCCUCAGCUUCAAAGGCUGGAUACAUAUGAUGUGUCUGAAAAACAAAUCAAGGUCCUGGCAGAGGCUACAGUGAUGAAAAAGAUAAUGUACUAUAAUAUGCGUGUAAAGAGUGUUCAUAGGCAGCUCAAUGAGGAACUUGAAAAGCUAAAAGAAAGAAAAUGGAAACUUCAGAAAUUGCCAGAAGAUCGCAUAAAAUUGUUCAGCUGCAACAUGAAACAUCUGGAACGUGAACUUGCAUUGCUACAGACAUCAAGACAAAUACAGAGCAACAAAUCUAUUAAGAAUAAAAUGCUGGAAAUGGAAAAAUCAAUUGAUGAUAGUGAGAACGCGGAUGAAGUCAGUGAGGAGUCAAAUCUUGAGAGAAAGUUCUUUAUGAAAUUAGAUGCCAUGAGGGAAAGGAUAACAUUCUGGAACAGAAAAUUAGAUGAAAUUGAAAAAAUUUACCAGAUGGAAAUUAAAAAGAAGAAAAGCAAUAACUUAAUUGUGCAGUUUUUGUUGACUGAAUUGGAAACAGUAGGCAAUACUCGCUUUGAAGAAGGCUCACCAAGUGAUUCUUGGUUUAACUCCUGCUAUGAUCUAAUUCUAUCACGAUUUUGUGCCUGGGAUUUCAAAACAUAUGGUAUCACAGGAGUGAAAAUAAAUCGCAUCUUUCGCGUGCACAACCGUAUUCUGAGGAUGAUAUUUGAGGAGAAGUUCCAAAUGUUUUUGGAUAAAGAAGAAGUUUUAAAUGAAACAGAGAAGAUGCUAGAAUGUCUCUUUUAUGUGUUUGACCCACACAUGCCAGUUAAGAAAAAGCAAAUACUACAAGUGCUUGAGGAUGGGUUCCAGGCAGUGGAAGAGCACAAGCUUUUAAGAAGAGACGCUGUCCUCCUCUCUAACAGUCUAAGUGUCUGUGAACGUCCCAGAAUAGAAUUUUUGCUGCAACAAACCAAGGAUGAAUGUAAAAAUAGCAAUGAUCUUGAGGAAUCAUUCAUACAUGGGAAACUCAUAAUUGCAAAAGUUUUUCUUGGACGUAGUGUUCCAGCUCGUGAAAGAGAUCCCAUCCAUCAAAUCAACUAUCCAGGAGCUAAUUCAGUGUUCAGGCCUCAGAAACAUUUACCAAGUGGUACAUCUAGAACUGCUGAGGAAAUGUAUUCUUCCAUGGAGCAUAGAAACUGUGGCUGCCACCAUCGACAGUGUGAGUGGUUUGUGUUUGAUCAUGAGCUGGUCUUGCCUGAAUACUUCGUUGAAUUUGAGUACACUACAUUGGUCAAAGUUCAGUCCCUGUUUUCUACACUCAGCAAUGUAAUUGUAGAAGAAGGAAAGAAAGAUACAGAAGGAUUUAUAUUGUCUGGUGAUUUGCAACAUGAUGAUGAAGUUAUGAACAUGGAGCCUACAGUAAAAGCCAGACCAAAAAUUGUUUGCUUGGAUGAAAAGACAGUGCUUUCAGUUGCUAAGGCUAAUAUUUACAGUCAAAUAGUGGUUCUGAAUUUACAUGGGAACAGCCUGUGCAAACUGCGGGACAUCUCUAGACUGACAGGGCUUCGAAAACUUAUUGUCAGCUUCAAUGAAUUUACUUGUUUAGAUGAUGUUUACCACUUGCCCAAUCUGGAGUAUUUUGAUGCAAGCCACAACCAUGUGAUCACCCUGGAAGGUAUUAGAGGUUUAAGCAAACUGAAGUAUUUAGACCUGAGUUGGAAUCAGCUGAAAAAGACUGGAGAGGAAAUAAGUGUAUUACGUAAACACACUUCAAACUUGCUCAGUCUUGAUAUCAGACAUAACCCAUGGCAUAAGCCAGCCUCGUUGCGUUUGAGUGUCAUUGGCCGAUUAAAGGCUCUUACUCAUUUAGAUGGAGUCCAGAUUACCGAAGCAGAGGUUGCAGCUGCUUUGUGUUUUAUUGCUGGAUCAAAGAUUACUCAGGCAUCUCUCUUAGAACAUUCUAGGACUGAUGAAACUAGGCCACGUGUUCUUAGUGUACAUCCUUAUGCCAAAAUUCUGAGUCAAAUUAGCAAGAACAAGUUGGAUUCACAGACACAUUUCAAUAGCAGCUGGUAUCCUAGGAUCACAGUCUUAAAUCUGGAUGGACAACAUCUCUCCAAAAUUGCCAACUUAGAAAAAUUGGAGAAUUUAAGAUGGGCCUCAUUUAGCAACAAUAAUCUUACUAAAAUUGAAGGACUGGAAUCUUGCCUUAAUCUUGAAGAGCUCACUUUAGAUGGAAACUGCAUCUCAAAUCUAGAAGGAAUUGCAAAACUCACCAAAAUAACGCGACUUAGUGUAAAUAAUAAUCAUCUUACCAGCCUGGAAAGAUGUGUUUUUGAAAACUUGUCUCAUCUUCACUACCUAUCUCUUGAGAGCAACAGAAUUACUUCAUUGAUUGGUUUACAGAAAGCUUACACAUUAAUAGAACUAUACAUCAGCAAUAACUAUGUUUCUGCCUACCACGAGAUAUAUCAUUUAAAGGGUUUAAAUAAUCUGGUCAUGCUGGACAUGUAUGGAAAUCUAAUUGUGUGGAAACAAGAUAACUACCGACUGUCUGUAAUAUUCCAUCUUCCAUCUCUCAAAGCUUUAGAUGGCAUUGCAGUAGAGCCAGCAGACAUUGAGAGUGCUAAAGAUUUAUUUGGCGGCAGACUUACCUGUGAUAUGAUUGCAGAAAGACUAGGACAUUCAGACUUCACUAAAAUGGAAGAAUUAAAUUGGACAACCUCUACGAUCAGAACAGUGGAUCUUGUACCAGCAGACCAGUUUAGAAACAUUUGUAAUGUGAAUUUACAGAACAACAAUCUCACCUCUUUCAGUGGCUUAAUCUUCCUGCCUAAUGUUAAAAUAUUGUGUCUGAACUACAAUCACAUUGAGUCAAUACUACCCAGACAAAAGCCUCAAAAUCAUUUAACAAACAGGCAGCAGCUGUACCAGAAAGUGAUCUCUAGUGGCUAUGGACAGCAAGGACCUUCAAAAGGAAGCAGGGAUGCAGGAUUUGGUGAAAAUCUGCCCCCAAUAAUGCAAAGUUUAGAAGUUCUUCAUUUGGGCUACAAUGGAAUUAAUAACUUGGCCCAACUACAGCUCAGUAGGCUAAAAAAUUUGAAAUUGCUGUUUCUACAGGGUAAUGAAAUCAGUCAAAUCGAAGGACUUGAAGGCCUACCAUUUCUGCAGGAGCUAGUAUUGGAUCAUAACCGUGUUAAAACAAUUACAGAGGGCUCCUUUGCUAGACAGAGCUCCCUUUUGGCGCUUCACCUAGAAGAAAACCGACUGAGAGAACUGAACAAUUUACAGCCGUUAGUAAAAUUACAGAAACUUUUCCUGGGACUUAAUAAAAUUCAGGAAUUGUCUGAACUCGAAAAACUUGAAGUUAUUCCUAGUCUUAAAGAGCUUUCAGUAUAUGGAAAUCCAGUUUCUCGCAAGAUGACCCACCGUCCACUGCUCAUAUUCCGAUUGCCCAGCCUGCAAGUGCUAGAUGGAAUUGCAGUGAACAUGGAGGAGCGGGCAAGAGCUGAGCUUCAUUUAAUAGAACAACAAGGAAUCCCAAUUGCAAAUUCACCUAUGGACUGUGGAUUUUCUGGGUUGCCGAUUACUUUUUCGAAACAGCCUCCCCUACGAGUAACAAAUGUGAAUCUGCUUGAAGGCAUCAACAAUUUAUUUGGAUCUGACCUCGUGUUUCCACAUGUACUUGAGGAUCCUUUACUGAAUGAGGCAAAUAAACAUAAGAAAUCUAAGAACCCAGGAAUGGUGACAAAUAAUCCUCGAAGCAUUCAUGCAGAAAUAGCUCUCAGGCAAGUAAAAGGAGCAACAGCUAAUCUUCUAAACCAGUUGACACAACACGGCACUCUCCGAACUGCACAUUUCCACCAGGGCAGCAGAGAAAAUGGCGGCAGGUUUAAAUUUAGAUUGAAUUCAAGUACAGAGAAGAGUAACUUGGGAUAACUCCAGAUCUGGCUGGCCAAUGCACGUAAACAUCAGAAAAAAUAUAUUGUGCAGCUGGGUAUUUCAAAGGGAAGAAUAAACAAGUUAGAGAAACGGGAAAGAAGAAGCUGACAUUUGAAAAGUAGGUUGGGUAAAUUAUUAGAAGAUAGUUUCUAAUGCAUUUGGAUGAAAGAAUAGAUACAUACGGAUCUUGUAGUCAUACUGCAGUCAGAACAAAUGAAACAUGGUUGGGAGGACUGUGUAUGUAUGACAAGGAUUUCUGAUGUGAGGAUAUAUCAUUUUAUUUUAUUUUCUAAAUGCUGGGCUCCUUUUUAGCUGAAAAAUAGCUUGGUUGCGAUAUUUCCAUACAGUUAAAUAUAGAACAUCAUGUACUUGAGAACUAUUGCUGUUAGAAAGAUGUGCAUUGGUACAUGAUUUUCCCUCUUGAAUCUCAAGCUUCCUUCCAGCCAGUGACAAAGGCAUACAUGUCAGCAGGUAAUAUAGUCCAAUAAAUGGAAAGGCCCACUGCUGCAGCCAAACUGCUGGAACUUUUUGUUUCAGUGAAAAAAUGAAGUAUUAGCUUCUAUUGCGUUUCAGUUAUUGCAUUUUGUUUGUUUGCCAAGUAAGUUUUAUCCUUCUCUUACAUAACCAGAAGCUCAGAGAGACUGUUAAUCGGGGCAUUGCACCUUCUGAUCUGUUCUGUGAACUUGUCUGAAAUCUGUUUUUGGCCUAUCACAGAGAUACAAUAGGAUCUGGAAAUGCCAUUAACCUUUUUCAUUCUCCAUCCUCUAUUGGGCUAAAAAAACCCUCCCUUUUUGGCUACCUUCUUUUUGUGUGUAUUAAACCAAUUUUUACAUGAAUUAACAAUAAGAAUUACAUUCCAGCCAUUUCCAUGCCUGCUUCAUUCAAUCCCUGAUUUUGUCAUCUACAAACAAGACAACAGUCUUCCUAAACCAGAAAUUGUUGUAAAAAUUCAGGCUGGACAGUUGUUUGGACUCUCUCAGCUUGAAAUCUUACCUUCAGUGCACAGAUAAUGCUCGUAUAUGGCUUCUUGGCUACUUACAGAUCUGUCCAUCUAUUUGAAUGGCAUAGUGCUAGCUCACAAGUUACUCAAACCCUUGUCCUUCUGUAUAGAAGCUAAGAAACAUGGUUUGGGACUAACAACCUGUAAUGGGGUGCAUUUACCUCUUGAGCACCUUCUGCUUCUGCAGGAGUGCCAUCUGUUUCCUGUUUCUGGUGCCCCCUGUCAGUUGUCACCUCACUUGGCAGAUCCUUAGUGGCUCAGCCCUCUAGCCAAGUCACAAAGUCCAACAGAGUUGUAAAGAAUCCAAUACAAAUUG